CGUCAGACACAGUGCCCCGUAAGCAGUGCCACAUCAGCAGUGCCACGUCAGACACAGUGCCACGUCAGACAAAGUGCCACGUCAGCAGUGCCACGUCAGCAACAUGACGGGCAGUUUCGCUGCGCCGACCACCACCAUCAGCAGUCAGCUGCAUACAUUGAAGACCGAGGUUCAGCAGUUGCAGUCGACGAACACAGAUGACAAUCCGAAGAUGUACAAGAUGCCAACUUUCCAACUGGAAAAGUUCGACGACUACACACAGCAGGAUCCGGUCCUCUGGUGGGAAGCAUUCACAACGCAACUCAGGAUUCUGCCCGUAGCCAAGCAUGCGUACAUCGGCGCCCUGUUCCUGAACUCAAAGGGCGGAUGCCAAACCUGGUUGAUCCACCUGGCAACCUCUCAUGGCGUCGACGUACCGGACUUGAAGGACAAUAUCACAUGGGAGGAACUGACACGGCUGUGGAAGAAGCGGUUCAUCGUCGACGACGCGCCGGCUCUUGCCAUCAAUGCUAGUACAAGUUCCAUGGGUCAAGUUUGGCUUGGCCGAGGCGGAGUACAAGGUCCGCGGCCGCUACGGCAGAUGCUACUGGUGCAACAGCACCAAGCACAAGACCUCCCUGUGCCAAGAUCAGGGCAAGGAGGAUGUGCGACCCCGCCUCAGCUCGGGAAACUGAGCUCCGCGGAAGGUGAGGCGACUCCACCUUCUACUCCGCCAGAUUCGGCCGCCUUGCUAGCGGCCUCCUGCACAUCUGGGGAGGAUGCGAAUGUCGCAAGUCCUCGGUAUACUUACGAGGAUUAUGCUGUCCACUUGGUUCCACCGCUGGACCAACCGCUCCACGUGCGACAGUCCACCGCAUGCACGGUUUCAUCACCAUCGGCAACCGAUUUGGCAGCUUCGCCGCAAUCUAUCGCCGGGGAUUCGACGUCAUGGUCAAGACUUGAAGAGCUCGACCCGUUGACGUUCGCGGACUUCCAGUGGAUGCCCGUUCCCUCGACCGGACGAUUGUCGAAACCGCAUUGCAAUGUGCUCAUGGCACAACUGCGGGACUACUUGCACAUUGCAGCACCAGCCCCGUUGAUGGACGCCGGAGCAGAGGUUGUCGACCUUCACACUUACAUCGCGAAGAUUGACUGCGAGUUCAAGACUCAACGGUACGACGACAUCGACGCACCAUUGCUAUACGUACGCAUUUUGAUUGGAGAGGCGACCUGCAGUGCCUUGAUCGAUUGCGGAGCGUCUCGCAACUACAUCAGCCAGGACUUCAUGGUACGCGCCUGCCUUGGCCCACGUGUCCGGAGGAAGUCCCAGACUAUGCAAGUCACCCUUACAGACGGUCAUACGCACAAGUCCAUCRACCGGUGCGUUGACGCCGUCCCAGUGUACUUUGCCCCUCACGCAAGUGAGGCGGUGUCCUUUGACAUUCUGGACACCAAAUUUGACAUGAUCUUGGGCAUGUCAUGGCUGCGAAGCGAGGAUCACCCGGUGAACUUCUUCCACCGCACCGUUCACAUUCGUGAUCGGAACGGAGUACUAGUUCCAUGCACGGUGCCUCUUCCUCAUCCUUCGAUGAGCUGCCACGUGGUAUCCGCCGCAAGCAUGCGAGUUUCCAUCAUCAGAGACGACAUCGAGGAGAUGGGGGUGUGUUUUCUCCACGCCCUCCCGCCCCAUGACGCUUCAUCGACGGACUCACCUUCGGAUCCAUGCAUCACCGAACUUCUCAACGCCUACAGCGACGUGUUCGAAGGCCCGCACGGGGUAGUACCGGAUCGACCCAUCCGCCACGAGAUCAUCCUCGAGGACGGGGCCGUACCUCCGCGCGGUUGCAUCUACCGAAUGAGCGAGGAAGAGUUAAGUGUGCUCCGCGCACAACUCGACGACCUUCUAGAGAAAGGCUGGAUUCGGCCUAGCUCAUCGCCAUACGGUGCUCCUGUUCUCUUCGUCCGGAAGAAGAACAAGGACCUGCGGUUGUGCAUCAAUUAUCGCAAGCUCAACGCGCAGACGAUCAGGAACGCCGACCCUCUCCCACGCAUCGAUGACCUUCUCGAGCGAUUGGGCGGCGCCCAGUUUUUCUCUAUGUUGGAUCUCAAGUUAGGGUACCACCAACUCGAGAUUCGCAAGGAGGAUCGCUACAAGACCGCGUUCAAGACACGGUAUGGGCAUUUCCAAUGGCUGGUCAUGCCGUUUGGCCUUACGAAUGCCCCAGCCACUUUCCAAGCGGCUAUGACAACGGAGUUCCGACACAUGCUGGAUCGGUUUGUACUCAUCUACCUCGACGACAUCUUGGUGUAUAGUCGGAGUUUGGACGAGCAUGUGGAACACCUGGGCACCGUUUUGGAGCGGCUACGACAAGCCAAGUACAAAGCAAACCGCGACAAGUGCGAGUUCGCACAGCAGGAGCUGGAGUAUUUGGGACACUAUAACAUCACAUGGAUUGCAACGCUUUAUGGAAACGAAGUGCGUAUUGCGGAACAGAAUAGGGGCUCCGACACAUCGGCCAAGUGGUUUAUACCUGUCCAGUGCUCCUGCUGGAAUGGGAUGUACCGGUCUUUAACAAGUUAUACUGUGAUGAAAGGUGACAGUCUGUACAAAAUUGCGACAUACUACCAGAACUUGACCACGUGGGAAGAUCUGUUUGCUAUCAAUCCUCGCGAGGAUGCAAACCAUAUAGAAGUAGGUGAGGCCCUUAACGUCAGCAUUCCAUGCAAGUGCAGUGCCAACAAAACGUAUGUGACCUAUGGUAGGCAGCAAGGAGAUACAGAGGAGUUGAUUGCUGCAGCUACAAAUGCGAGCCUUGCUGAUGUACAGGCAGCAAUGAUGAGAGCCAGCAACACCAGCAUGGUUCUUGUACUUCCUACUUCCAUUUCAGCAACAGCGCCUAAUGAAACAGCAUGCGAGAGCAUCGGCCGCUGUUGCUUGAAGUUCCGCACGAGUCAGCCAUCGGUCAGCUCUAUGGGUGCAAUAUGGAAAGUGGACCAAAAAUUCAGUCGGCCUGUUGCCGUAACGUCGCUGGGAUAUGAUGUCGCCAACCUCUUGGAAACCGUCCAUCGAGGGUGGGUCUUGCGAUCGGCGCCCGGGAAAGUCGUCAAGUUCCGCUGGCGUGUAGAGAGCCAACUUGGAACAGUGAAAGACCGGGUUGACGGCCAAGUGGGCGGGCACCUGAAUGAUGAACGAAGGUCCUUCGGGUGCGUCCCCAGCAGAUGCCACGAUCGGCCUGGGCCCCAUCCAUUUCGGAAGGAGCUUGCGAGAGAUAUCUUGUUCGAGGCUGAAUUCCGCAGCGGAAACCCAUACGAGGUUGCCGGCGCGGAAUGGACAAGGAAGACGCUGGCGGUUGGCCUGUUGCCGCAUACGUUGCUGCGUCUUUGCCAUCUGGUCGCGUGCCUUGACAAGAAGCUCUUGCAUCCGACGAAUGAAGAGAAGAUGGUCGUCGCUCUCGGCCGCCCGUGGAAUGAUUGUGUCCAACAAAGAAUUGACCGGCGAGCCAUGCUCGAACUCAAAGGGCGACAUCCCGAUAGUCGGAUGAAUGGACGAGUUGUAUGCCAACUCGACAUCCGGGAGCCGCUCAACCCAAUCUUUCUGGUCGGGACGGAUGAGAGUUCGAAGGAGGACCUGUGCGGUCUGAUGUGCCCUCUCCGUUUGGCCAUUAGUUUGGGGGUGGCGAGCCGAACUUGGCUUGAGGGAUGAGCCCCAUCGUUUGAUGAGCGCCAACCAAAAAUCGGACAUGAACCGAGUGUCGCGGUCGCAGACGAUCUCCUUGGGGUAACCCUUGGUUCGAAUCCAACCGGCGU